CGCGCAGACGCAGUGCAGCGGUCGGGACGGCGCGGAGGCCUCCUCUGCGCGUGCGCGCUAGAGGCAUGGUCCCCUUGAAGAAGCUGCACGAGGCGUUCCUCCGGUUGGCCCUCCUGCCCGCGGGGGGCACCACCAGGCCCAAGGCCUCCGAAGUGCUGAGCCUGCACCUGCUGCAGAGGGGCCUGCCCCACUGGACCUCCUUCUGCGUCAAGUACAGCGCCGUGCGCAACGACCAGUUUGGGCUCUCCAACUUCAACUGGGAGGUGAAAGGGACGAACUACCACAUCCUACGGACGGGCUGCUUCCCCUUCAUCAAGUACCACUGCUCCCGAGCCUCUCGCCAAGACCUGGCGAUGCAGAACCGCUUCUUUACGACUCUUAAAAUAAUAAACUUGGGUGAGCCUCGCUGUGGAAAGGAUCCCUCCCGUGCCGAGGGGGUUCAUGUGAUGGGGCUUCCGGGUGCUACUAGAGUGCACCAGUCAUUUCAGUUUAGAAGGCCUCAAACGUCUUUCAGCUUCUGA